AUGGAAUAUCAAUUCAACAUAGAUGAUGGUCUUUUAAGAAGGAGUAUUCAAUUACUUCGAAUUAGUCUCCAAGAUACAAAUCAUGAUUAUUUGAGCUUUGGAAAGAUUCCUACUUAUAGAGAAAAACGUCGGAAUAAUGAGGUAGAUUUUGUUUCUGAUGAAGAUUCCAAAAAUGAAGAUUUUAAAGGUUUACGAAAAGAGAUAGCUCUUCGCUUACGUUGCUUUCACUAUUAUGUUGGUAAUGCAGACAUUUCUCAGGCAAAUAGAGAGUAUCAUGAAGUGCAUUUGGAGACAGACGAUAUUUUAGAGUUUCUUCAAAAGUAUAUAGUAUCUUAUGCAAGAAUAUAUCUUCAUGAUUCUGGUACUGAUGAUCAAAGAACCCUCGACCAAGGGUUUUUCGAAUCAUUUCGUCAAAUACAAGCUGAUGUGAUUGAUGAAAAUGAUCAAGACAUAAAUGAUGUGACUGAAGUAGAUGCUCAAGACAUACAACAAGUAAGGCUGGCUAAGCUAUGCUUUAUAAGACAAUGUGGGCCACUCCAAACUGAUUUUCCUCCUGAACAGAUUGAUAACGAGUCGGUUAUAAGCGGUAUUGUGCACAAUGGUAUCUUAAAACCCGUGAAUCGUUUAUUGAAGCAUCGCUUUAGAGGGAUAGAAGUAAAGAAACAUGUAUACCGUGACUACAUGUCGAUACCUGAUUAUUGCUUUAGAGUUGAAAUUGGGAAUGCACACAUUUAUGUUCCAAUUGAGUUGAAGUUAUCAGGUGUUUAUAACUCAUUUAAAAAGAGAAAUUCUUAUUUUACAGAUUUAAUAAAUCAGUCUCUGUAUCAACUACUUACAUGUAAAUCAAAGCUCAGUUUUGUUUUUGAUAAAGAUUGUAUUAUGAUUAUAAAAUUGCCUGGGGAAGGAAUGCCUGAAUUGUUAGUUGAAGAAUCAACUCAAAUAAGAUUAGCUAAAAUGAAAUUUUCAAUCUAUCUUCAAGGUGUGACUGAAGCUGAUGAAGUUUAUGUUCAAUCUAUAUUUGAUGCCAUGAAAUUGAGUGAUGUUGAUAAGAGAGCUGUGACCACAGGUAAAUACAAUUUUAUGCGAAAUGAGUGGCGUAAUCAGUUCCCUCAUUAUAAGUUAAUAGGGGACUAUUAUAUCAAACAUCAUCAAAGAAAGCAAACUAAUAUUAGGAUCCACAAAGGUUUAUUCAGAAGAAAAUUAUUCAAUUUUGUCACUACUAUUAAUCGAGAGGAUUUUGAUGAUAUAACACCAAUUCAAGAUAAUGGGAGAGACAAUAGAAAGUAUCAUGCAAAUAGAACAUUUGCAUUUUCAUUAUCCAUGUUUUUGAAUGAAUUACGUUGUUACAAAAAAUUGAGAAAAGUUAAUAGCAGGGGCUCACAAGUAGAAAGGCCACCAUCACUCGUUGGGGCAACAUCAACUUUGCAUUAUACUCCUUAUUUGUGCGAGUCAGGAUUUAUAGAUUGGCCAAGUGAAAUAAUUGCUGAAAAUGAAGAGUCAACGACAUUUUCAGGCUUUUUCCUUCUCAUGGAAGAAAUAUCGCAAGAUUUCCCUGACACAGAAGAGGAAUAUCAACGAGCAGCAGCUCAAGCGUUGCAAAGCAUUCAUGCCAAAGGUUUACUCCAUGGGGAUGUAAAAGAUCGGAAUUUCCGAUAUGAUGCUUCCAGGCAGAGAGUUAUUUUUUUCGAUUUCGGUCUAUCUACCAACACCAAAAUAAAAUCGAAUGCUUUGAUUGUUCUGAGUGAUAUACAAAAGGUCGCUGAACUUAAUGACUUAAGAGUUGAAGUGUCAAAGGCAUUUAGAAAUAGGCACAUUAGACCUAUUAUAGCUCAUAAUUAA